GCGUUGGCUUACUGGAUGUGUAUGAAUGAGUUCUGCACCGAAUGGGCGCAAGAAGCGCCCCAGGUCCACGGGCUCCAUCUUCCAGAUCAGCAAAACGCCGCUGCACGGCAGGGACUGUGAUCGCAGAGGCAGCGCCUCGGACGGCGCCCCGAAGAGCCAGAGACUGGCCCUGGACGAGUGCAAGAUGCUUGUCCAGGAUUUCAACACCCAGGUGGCCCUGUAUCGCGAGUUGGUCAUUUCCAUUGGAGAUGUCUCGGUCAGCUGUCUAUCCUUACGUGCUGAAAUGCAAAAAACCCGAACCAAAGGAUGUGAGAUCGCUUAUCAGGCACACCAAAAGCUCUCAGCAAUCUCUGGCCCAGAAGAUGGUGAGAUUCAUCCUGAAAUCUGUAGACUAUUCAUCCAGUUGCAGUGUUGCUUAGAAAUGUAUACGACAGAGAUGCUAAAAUCCAUAUGCCUACUAGGAUCACUUCAGCUUCAUCGGAAAGGGAUAGAGACUUGUGCAGCACCCAAAAUUAUAGACAGUAAAAUAGAGGAAAGUUCAGAAGUUCCUAUUUUAGAAGACACAUCAUCUUCACCAAUAGAUAUCCAACAACAUUUAUGGCAGGUUUCCACGGACAUUGAAAACACAGAGAGGGACAUGAGAGAAAUGAAAAACCUUUUAAGCAAACUCAGGGAGACUAUGCCUUUGCCACUGAAAAAUCAAGAUGAUAGCAGCCUCCUCAACUUGACUCCAACUCCUUAUCCACUAGUGCGGAGACGGAAGCGACGAUUCUUUGGACUGUGCUGUCUUGUCUCAAGCUAGAUGACCCAGGACUGAAGUACACACAAAUGACCACAGCCAAUACAAUUUGACCUUUAUCGGGAUAAACCUAAAUGCUCUAAGUGAUAACAUAUGUUUUCUACACACCCUAAUUAUACUUCUUCCCUCCUUUUCAAGAGUUUUACAAUUUGUUGCUAACAAGAACCAAAUCUGGAAUCUAAUUUAACAUUAUUAAAAAUAUUUUUAACCUUUUUUUAAUGGCAUACAGCAUGUCUGUGUUAAACCAUUCUGUGAUCAGAUGCAAAUAUGAAAUAAAACAUGCAGAGUUUUUUUUAAUUUUGUGUACAAACCACAACCAAUUGUGUACAGUACAAUAGUAUGACUGUAGCUCUUGCUAGUAUGAUGUUAAAACUAUUUGAACAUAAUCUAUUAAGCAAUCUUAAUCCAUAGAAAACUAUUUAGAACAGCAAAUCUGUGCUUAAGUUCUAAAAUGCUAAAAAAAUAAACCAAGCCAAUAUUGUAAGAGAAUAUGCACAAACUCUCCUAUUGCUUUUUGUGCUCUCGUUCAUAUUUAGUCUUCCACUCUAUAUCUCAACUUAUACAAAUCUUCAUAAAUACAAUAUCUUUAUUUCUAAUACACAAGCAACAUAACAUCAAUAUGUUGUUCCUGUAAAUAUAAUAGUUAUAUCUACAUAUUGUACAAUGCCUAGAAAUAGCUAAUUUACUUUUUAACACCCUCCCCCCAAAUGUAUCUAUUUCAAUUUGGGAAGAAAGGAUUUCAAGUUUUAAAAAUGGUGUAGGAAACUAUAAAAUCCACAGAUGUACAAUGGAUUAUCCCACUUGUUUCCAUUAAAGGUUGGAGCAUGGUGUCUGAACAUCAACUUAGUGUUAUCGCUUUUAGGGCAUGCCAGAAGUAGCUCUAACUGUAGAAUAUUAAACAUUUUACAUUGUUAAUAAAUAUUUUUUAGUUAAACAACAUGUCUCUGUAGUAAUAACUGUAUUGCUAAAUAUGAUAUAUGGUUUCCUCAAAACCCCGUUUGUACAGCUACUCUAUCAUAGAACCACUACAUGAACAUUCUUGGCCCAGGUUCUGUUUUGCUUCCCUGCCAUCAGUGCAAACCACUGAAAGGAUGAAAGGGAAGUUUCAAGUAAAGAAGUACCAUAGAACCCCUUAUCUGUGGAAGCAGUAUGUGCUGA